CCCACCGGACGGAAGCGCCCCCUCUCACCCAACCCCUCGAGGCCUCGACUCCUCUUCACGGUUGGGGUUUAACUCCUCCACUAAUUCGUGACCCGUCCUUUCCCCUCCGAUUCCAUUCCCACCCCUCGGCCGCAAAUUCAUUCUUUUCCGCUCUCAUCCAUCGAUCGAUUCUGGCUGUGGAGGAUUUGGAGGAUUUGGGCGCGGCUGCCUGUGGCGGUGGUGAGGCGGCGGGGGUCGAUCGAAGCCGAGACGAGUCGCAAUGCCGACGGCGACGGCGACGGCGACGCCCAAGGCGGUGAUCCACCAGCGGUACGGCGCCAAGGCCGUCUACAGGGUGGAUGAGGUGCAGGAGGCCGUUGACGGCGUCUGCCCCGGCCUCGCGCUGCCGCAGAGCACCAGGUGCGUCUACCGCUGCCAGCUCGACAUCCCUGGGGUGCUCAGCGUCUCCACCCCGGGGACCUUCGUCAGGAAGAAGGACGCCGAGCAGGCCGCCGCGCAGAUCGCCAUCGAAAAGCUUGGUAUUCAGCCCACAUCAAAUAUCCCUAAUACACCCGAAGAAGCUUGGGAGGAACUUAUUAGUCGGAUAUCUUACUUUUUUACAGAUGAGAACUUCCCCACAUCAUCUCAUCCUCUUGUUGGGCACUUGAGUGUGACACUCAGAAGAACUGGGGAUUUCCUUGGAAAGAUACCUAUUUCAGCUAUUGUUGCUUGUGAUGUUAAGGUCCAGACAUUGUGUAAAAUUAUUGACCCUAAGGCAGAAUUUGAUCCUCUCUUGGUUCUUUCGAUGAUCUAUAAUGCCGCCAAACAAUCUCCUGGUGUAUCUGUUAGUAACAGAAACUUCUGGAUUCAGAGUCAAAGGCCUUAUUCCUCUGAGGCUGUUGAUUUGGCACUUCAGUGCUGGUCUGGUAUUUCAGAUCCCAUAAGAGUAGAAGCAGUUCUUAUUCCUUGUGCGAUGGAGGAUGAACCUAAGAUGGUAAGCCUUAAUAUAUCAGAGAAUGAACAUUACAUGGGUGAUAUAGCAUUGAAGCUCUCUGCAACCGACUCAUCUCAUGUCCUUGUCUCAAGAACAGUUGACAAAGCAUCCUCUGAGAUGAGGUUUUAUUUCCCAGCUCCGGAUGUACAAUUUGUUUCUGAUUUAUCAAAACAAUUGGUGGAUGAUCGUGGAGAUCGCAAUAUGAACUGUGUAAUAAAUAAGCGAGCUUCCUAUAUUUCUGGCCAAACAAUUUAUGGAGAUGCAGUUUUGGCAAAUGUGGGAUACACAAGGAGAGAUACAGAACUUCAAACUGAUCAUGUCAAUCUAUGUACCUAUUACAGGAUUCUUCUGAGAAAAUUACCUGAUGGAAUUUACAAGAUCUCCAAGGACUCGAUUCUUGUGGCAGAGCUUCCGUGUGUUUAUACUCGUACCAGUUGGAAAGGCCCCUCUCCACGAGAUCUCCUUUGUUCUUUCUGUCGCCUCCAGAGGCUAUCAGAACCCUAUUUCGCUUCCAAUAGGGUAAGUGCAUCCUGUAAUGUCCUCGGAUCAGCUGUGGGCUCUGAAGAGAUGGGGUCACCAAAAGCAACCGCAGGAAAUCAGUGCGCAAAUGAUGGAAGGAUUGCCAAGGAAAACCCAGACAUGUUCAAGUGCUCUGUCAAAAUAUAUUCAAAGAAGAGGGACCUUUUACUAGAGUAUUCUACAGAUUAUAGCUGGAGCAAGGAAACUGAUGCUAUUCAGAAUUCUGCGUUGAAGGUCUUGAUUUGGUUCAAUCGUUAUUUUAAGCAGCUGAACACGCCUGUGGAGAAGCUAUAUCUUCCUAAGAGCACUGAUGGCUUCACGAUAUAUCCGAAUAUAUUUUUACAAGAAUUUGCAAUGUGCUUAUCUGUCUAUGGCAAGACAAGUGGUGGUGAUUCAAGAACAUGCAGCGCAGUUGGAUAUUUUUCUAUGGAUACAUCAUAUCAGCAGCUUAAAAGCAGUGCAUUUUUAACAGACAUUGAUGGUCAAGAUUCUGGCGUUUUUCCAUCCCAUGGAUCGUUGGCUUGCAUAAGCUACAGUGCUCACCUGUUUAUGAAGGACAGCAGAAAGAGAUACCUCCUAGAAGUCAAUGAUGAGUUUGAGUUUGAGAUAGGGGCUGGAGCUGUUAGGAAUCAGCUUGAAUCAUGUGCAACUCAACUCUCAGUUAAUCAAAGUGCAUGCUUUGUAGAUCAACUGUCUGAUAGGGAUUUGAGCCUGGCUGCAGCUUGUGAGUUGUCACUGGACCUUUCCAAGAUAUGUAGAGACAGCUGCGUCUUGGAGUUCUCCAUAAAGGUGUUACAAGUAACUGAACCUUUAGAAGAUAGAAUGGAGAAGGCCUUGUUCAAUCCCCCUUUAUCUAAACAGAGGGUUGAAUUUGCUGUUCGGCACAUCAACCAGCUGCAUGCUACAACAUUGGUUGAUUUUGGUUGUGGAUCUGGUAGCCUUCUUGACUCACUGUUAGAGCAUCCAACAACCCUUGAAAAAAUUGUUGGUGUUGAUAUUUCUCGAAAGGGUCUUACGAGAGCGGCAAAGAGUCUUCAUCAGAAGCUUAGCAAGAAACUCUUGUUACAAAGUAGUGUUCCAACAGCUGUGCUCUAUCAUGGAUCAGUAACAGAUUUUGAUUCUCGCUUAUAUGGGUUUGAUAUUGGCACCUGUCUUGAGGUGAUUGAGCAUGUGGAGGAGGACCAAGCAAGUUUAUUUGGCAACAUUGUAUUGAGUUCAUUCUGUCCGGCGGUGCUCAUUGUUUCCACACCCAACUACGAAUACAACCCUAUCCUCCAGAGGUCAGCUUUGCCAAACAAGGAAGAGAAACGGGAACAAGACGCUGGGUCUUGCAAGUUCCGCAACCAUGACCACAAGUUUGAAUGGACGAGGUCCCAGUUCCAGCACUGGGCUACUGGCCUCGCUGCAAGCCACAACUACAGUGUGGAGUUCAGUGGCGUUGGCGGCUCGAGCGACGAACCUGGCUAUGCUUCCCAGAUUGCUGUUUUCAGAAGAAUGGCGAGAGAUCAAGGUGAAUCUUCCCUGAACGAGGAUGAUUCGCAUCAACCUUAUGAAGUUCUCUGGGAAUGGCCUAACGCAUCUAUAUCGUCUCACUGAGUUUGGGCGGAGGUAAUAGUACCUGACUCACCGACCUCCUAUCCGAGAUGAUGAGACUAUCCGAGAUGAUGAGACUGCUUCUUACUAACUUGUCACUUCGAUACUCCACCCAGAGUGUGUUGCUGGAUAUCUACCGCGUUGAACUAAAUAGUUGCAGUAGCUGCUCCGAACCUAUCCCUUGCGAUGGCUCUAAUCCCUGUAGAAAACUGAAUAUUCUGUACUGGGCAAAAUGACUAUCUGGCUAUUUUUCGCA